CGCGUAUGUACACCGAAUGUUCCUGUGAUUUUUAUUUUUGUAACGUAUAUCAAUUGUAGCGAACACGCGAUCUGAAUAACUGUUAUCUAAUCAAAAUUUUCAUUUCUCGGAAAAAAAUGAGAAAAUCAAAAGGAUUAAGUGGAUUUUUUUGCGUAACACAGCAACAGCGUCUUUAAGUGGAGCGAUAUAAGAGUAGGGUCGCAGUGAUAAUUAAGAUUACUUGUAUAGUUUAAUUCUAACAGUGCACAUCAAGUUUGAAGACGGUCUGAAGCGAUCGAAGCGAUGCUCUGGUUGGAAAUUUUAUCUUAUUACAUUCUGUGUACUGUAAUGAUUGUUACUACACAGUACACAGGCGACUUCGAGUACAACAAUUUUGAUUUUUAUGAAGAUUUAUCAACAGACCGCUCAAAAAGUUUCAAUAAAAAAUACAACAGUGCUGCGCAAGAUGAUUUUUACAUUGUGAACGAUUUUGACACAGAAAAUCAGGAUAAUGCAUAUCUUGACUCAAACGACUACGUAGCUUUUGGAAAUGGUAUAGGUUCUUUUGAGAAAAAGACUCCGCUUGACAAAGAGUUUGACUGGUACAAAUUGUCUGAGAAAGUUUACAGAUACACCAAGCAUCGAAUUCCUGGGUACGAUUACGACGAAUUCGAUUACAUCUAUUCAAAGAGUGUUCAAAAGUGCGACGACAAAUCAGUCUGGACGCAUUGUCUUUGCCAAUUCACGUGCUUGAAGCCGGAUGAAGUAGAUUGUUACACACCAUGCAGAAGUGGAUGCGAAUGCAAGGAGGAAUAUGUUUUUGACGAGAAAGCGCAAAGAUGCUUGCUACCCGAGGAAUGCUCGACGGAAGAUUACAAUUACAAUUAUUAAAUUUUAUAUCGAUAUAUUUAUAUUUACGCUCUCAUUCUCAAUGACUUAUUGAGCUAUUCUUCCGCGAUCGUAGAAAAUAAAAUCGAAUAUGUAGCCGACAACUACGCUGAAUAAUUUAUCGUACUGCGAAAGCAAUAUAUUAAUUAUGAUAGCUCACCUUACUGUCCAUCAGUUUUGCUAUUCUUGUAAUAUGUGGCACAAAGUCCGAGGAUAAAUUAUUGUUAUCCAUGCAACCUGCCGCUGCGUCUCCGACGAACGCCCAUUUAUACCUGUAAAUGAACGGGGUAAUAUAGAUUAUUUUGUAACAAAAUAUGCGCUGCUUUUCUAAAAAUCUUUCUCUCUCCGCUUACAUCUGAAACUGUGGUAACCUAUGCGCGGGCAACAACAACGCGAGGUCUAGUAGCUUGGCGGCAGCCAGUUGCAAUUGCAACCAGUGAGGAUGUCCGUGUGCUUGAAGUCCAUUGCUGGCGUUAACAGCCCAUGAUGAGUCUAGAGCUGACAACAGUUUGAUGUGCGAGCUGCGUGCAAAAAAAUACAAAUAGUAUGUCAUUUAUGUCGCUGAUGGAUGACAGAGUGCAAAAAUUCCUUGGGAAUCGUAAUUCAAGGUAUGAAAAUACGCAAUUUCCCCGCAGAGCUCGACAAGAUACAAGAUUGUUAUUAGUAAUACCCUUUGACAUUCGACAUUCGACACUCGGCACAGUGACGUAAAGUUUUUCUUAUGUUUCCAGUUAUUAUUUUGAAUAUUAAAUUAAAAUAUGUUUAUUUAAUGUAAAGUACCUUUCGCAGCAAUUACUUGUAUCUAAUCUUUUACUUGUUUCUAAGAUAUAUUUUAUCACAUUUUUUCUAUUCUCGAAACCGGAAAUUUAUAGUAUAAAAUGUAAAAAUAAUUUUAAUGAUAUGAAAAUAAAUUUUGUGUGUGUGACUUUAUCGUUAUAAAGAUUUUUUUCCAUUUUAAACGUUGUACUCUCAAGUGUUGAAACUAUUGUCUUUUACGUUACUGUACUCGAGUGUUCUUACGACAUUAACAAUAUGCGUACGCGUGCGGUAUGUAUGUCGAAUAUGCAUUGAACCAUCGAGUUACCUGCUAUGACGACUGCAGUCCCAACACCAUUCAAGUUACGGAGGCACCACAAAUCCCAUCAAAUCGCGAAGAUGCCGAAACAGAGUCAAAAAACAGUACGAUAUUAGAUAGUAUCCAUGUGUUAGUAGGGGGACAUAUACAGACAAAUAUUCUGCUAUUUAAUAUCCUCAAUCUCUACGCAUAUGUAAGACCCUGAGAAAUAAAUAAGUAAUUCGCAUACUUAUGUCUCGCAUUUCUAUUCUACGUAUCGUAAGAUUGCGAUUUUCGUCGUUUACAUUUCGAGCAUUUUAAAAAUAUUAAUGAUCAUCGGAUAUGACCGAUUUAAAAUUGACGCGGAACAUUACCGAUCAUGCUGUAUAGAGAUUUUCAUUAUAGCUUUCUUUUUCGAUGUUAAGUCUUUAGAAACCGUACACAUAAGAAAAUAAAAGAAAA